UGUUUCCUUGUCUCAUCACCAUCGCACACCUCUGAAUGAAGGAGGAGUCCAAACAGCAGGUAUACAAUAAAAAGUGCGAGCAGGCUGAGGAUGCAGUGGAGCUGCUGCGAGUCGAGAUAGAGUGCUCAACAUGGCGAACUGCAUUGUCAACUACGGAUUUUCAUCCUUUAUAUUGAUAGUCUGGAUGGGCAUCAACAUCUUCCUUUUUGUAUGGUUUUAUCUGUUUUACGACCUGGGAGAACAGUUCUUCUACACGCGUCAUAUUUUAAAGUCUGCCUUGCCUUGGGCCAGAGCUCCUGCAGCUGUCCUCAACUUUAACUGCCUGCUGAUCCUCCUCCCGGUGUGCAGGAACCUGCUGUCUCUGCUCCGAGGCUCCUUUGUGCGUUGUAGCAGAACAAUGAGGAAACAACUGGACAAAAAUCUGACUUUCCACAAGCUGGUGGCGUACAUGAUUGCUCUGAUGACAGCUGUUCAUACGAUCGCCCAUUUGUUCAACUUGGAGCGGUACAACAACAGUAGACAAGGUGUUUAUGAUGAACUCAGCACCACCCUGUCCAAUCUGGAUGACACAGAAAACACCACCUACCUGAACCCAGUCCGCAUAACCAAGCUCGAUCCCCAGCAGAUUCCCACCUACUUUGCCUUCACCACCAUCGCCGGCCUCACGGGUGUCGUCAUCACUCUGGCGCUCAUCCUCAUUAUCACCUCCUCCAUGGAGGUCAUCAGACGCAACUACUUUGAAGUGUUCUGGUACACUCACCACCUCUUCAUCAUCUUCUUCGCCGGUCUCGUCUUUCACGGAGCAGGGCGCAUUGUGAGGAGCCAAAAGAAGACAGAUCCACCACACAACACAAGCUUUUGUAAAGACCACCCUGACGACUGGGGACAGAUUCCUGAGUGUCCCAUCCCUCAGUUUGCAGGAGGGUUUCCGCUGACCUGGAUGUGGGUGAUCGGCCCAAUGGUUAUUUAUCUUUGCGAGCGCCUAGUGCGUUUCAUUCGUUACAUGCAGAGAGUCAGAUACAAGAAGAUUGUGAUGCGACCAUCUAAAGUGCUGGAGCUGCAGCUGGUGAAGAACGGUUUCAAAAUGGAGGUGGGUCAGUACGUCUUCAUCAACUGCCCGGCCAUCUCACAGCUGGAGUGGCACCCAUUCACCAUGACCUCUGCGCCCGAGGAGGACUUCUUUAGCAUCCACAUCCGCUCAGCUGGGGACUGGACCGACAAACUCAUCGACAUCAUGCAGAAGCUACCAGAGGGAGCAGAGGGACCCAAGUUGGGUGUGGACGGACCUUUUGGCACAGCCAGUGAGGAUGUGUUCGACUAUGAGGUCAGCAUGCUGAUCGGUGCCGGCAUCGGCGUCACUCCCUUUGCCUCCAUCCUCAAAUCCAUCUGGUACAAGUUCAAAGACUCUGAUCCUAAACUGCGCACCAGAAAGAUUUACUUCUACUGGCUCUGCCGGGAAACCCACGCCUUUGAAUGGUUCGCUGACCUCCUACAGGUGCUGGAGAGAGAGAUGGAGGAGAGAGGAAUGGGGGAUUUCCUCACCUACAAACUCUAUCUGACUGGAUGGGAUCAGAGCCAUGCGACUCAUGUGAUGGUUCACUUUGAUAAGGACACUGAUGUGGUCACUGGGCUCAAGCAGAAAACUCACUAUGGCCGACCCAUCUGGGACAAAGAGUUUGAACAAGUCCGCAAAGAAAACCCCACGUCCAUUGUGGGAACUUUCUUGUGUGGCCCUGAAGCUCUUGCCAAAGUCCUGGAGAAGAAAUGUGUCAAAUACUCAGACGUGGAUCCUCGCAAGACCAAAUUUUACUUCAACAAGGAGAACUUCUAAGCAAUUAACUGACAAAUGAUAAAACUGUGAGGAAAACCAGUGCGACAUGAUGGGCGAGUUGCUGUAUGUUUCUGCACCUAUUCUGAAAGCACAGUGUGUCAUCAGUCUGUAGUGCUCAGGGAAAUGCUCGCUCUUCUCCAUUUUCCUAGAUGCAUUAAUGCAUCACUGAGGCUACACAUGCAUUUGUUAUAUUAAGUUGCAUUAUUGUAGUACUUGACUAAAGUUACAGGGGAAAUUUUUACUGUUACCAAGAUGAGGACCUCUAUGAACAUGAAGAUGUUGACCGAUCAUGUGGAAAACGCUCUUAUUUGCACAAAUAUAACAAAUCAAGAAAUUCUUCUUUGAAAAAUUAAAUACAAAAAUUAAACCUUUUGAUUUAUUAUCUGUUUUAGCUCUUAUGCAAAAUCUGUUAGCUGUCCCAAUCAUAUUUUCCACUCAAGACAAUUGAUUGCAUGCACUGUACAUAUUGUAUAGAACCUGUUUGUAAAUACGCAUGAAUGUAUACGGAAACAGGUUUACUGGAAAAACAUGUCAGUCAUUGAGCUCGUGAUCUUCUAAAGAUGUGGGAGACAAGUGAAGAGUUUUUAUUGUAAUGAAUUCUGA